AUGGAAAGCCUGACGAAUAACUCCGCGACGGCCUUUCAGUCGCCGCUCGCGGACGCUCAAAUCACCCUGGCCGCCACCUCAUCCUUCGCCUCGGGCAUCGUAUCUAGGUACAUCCAGCAGCUGAAUGUCUGGACGGCGGCCCUGACCCUCCUGCUGCUCGCCAUCACCUAUGAUCAGCUCAGCUACAAAUGGCAGAAGCAUGGCAUUAUCGGUCCGGCGUGGAAGAUCCCCUUUAUGGGACCCUUCCUCGAGUCCGUCUUCCCCGACUUUGAGAAAUACAAGGCCAAAUGGCUGAGUGGCGAGCUUAGCUGCGUUUCCGUCUUCCACAAAUUCGUCGUGUUGGCUGGGACUCGCGACAUGUCCCGCAAGAUCUUCAACUCACCUAUGUUUGUGAAGCCCUGCGUGGUUGAUGUCGCCCACAAAUUGCUCCGUCCCGACAACUGGGUCUUCCUUGACGGUAAGCCACACGUCGACUAUCGCAAGGGCCUCAAUGGCCUGUUCACUCGCCAGGCCCUCGAGACCUAUCUUCCCGGCAACGAGGAGAUGUACGACAAGUACUUCAAGACCUUUGUGCGACAGACCAAGGAAAACGGUGGCAAGCAGAUGCCCUUUAUGCCCAUCUUCCGCGAGUUGCAGUGCGCUCUUUCCUGCAGAGCAUUUGCUGGUCACUACAUCUCGGAGAGCGCCGUCAAGAAAAUUACCGACGAAUUCUAUCUUGUCACCGAGGCGCUGGAGCUGGUCAACUUCCCCAUCAUCAUUCCCUUCACCAAGACUUGGUAUGGCAAGAAGGCCGCCGAUUGGAUCAUCGAAGAGUUCAUGAGAAGCGCGGCCAAGUCCAAGGUUCGCAUGGCUGCUGGCGGUGAACCGAACUGCAUCAUGGAUAGAUGGGUUCGGCAGAUGCAAGAGUCAGCCGAGUACCGUGCCAAGCUUGCCCGUGGUGAGAAGGUCGAGGACACCGAGAAGCCAACUCAGGUGCUCCGCGAGUUCUCCGACUUGGAGAUCUCCAUGACUGUCUUCACCUUCCUCUUUGCGUCUCAAGAUGCUACCAGCGCUGCCUGCACCUGGCUCUUCCAGCUGAUGGCCGACCGCCCGGAAUGGCUCGAGAAGGUUCGUGAGGAGAACCUCCGCACCCGUAAUGGUGACCGGAACCAGAAGCUUUCGCUAGAGCUGCUCGAGAACCAGCCCAUUACCCGCGCUGUGGUCAAGGAAGCUCUUCGUUACCGCCCACCAGUCAUCAUGGUUCCUUACCUGGCCAAGAAGGACUUCCAAGUCACGCCUGGCUACACUGUCAAGAAAGGCACCAUGGUCAUUCCCUCCGUCUGGCCUGCAACUCACGACCCCGAGGCGUACCCGGACCCUGAAACAUACGAUCCUGAAAGAUGGAUCACGGGCGACGCUGAGAAACAGACCAAGAACUGGCUAGUUUUCGGAACAGGACCACAUCAUUGCUUAGGGCAGCAGUACGCAACACUCAACCUGCAGGGUAUGAUCGGCAAGGCUAGCAUGUUCCUCGACUGGGAGCACUUCCCUACCGAGAAGAGCGAGGAGAUUCAGGUGUUUGCCACCAUCUUCCCCAAGGAUCAUUUUCACGCCACCUUCGUCGAUCGGCCUGCUCCUUGA